UUUUUUUUUUUCUUUUUCUCUGCUUACAAGAAACUACCUGUUUUUUUAUUUCAAUGUUUAAAGUAGAUACAUAUCAAGCUCCAACAGCAACCUUAACACCUACAAAGUUACUUAUGGACACAAGCGUAAACAAUACUGACUGGAGUUUCAAUCGUCCUGCUACUAUGGCUGGCUUUAGCUACAUGAAUGAAAUCAAUCCCUUUGAUGCCGCCUCAAACUUCUUUGACCAAAAAGUUCAAUCUAAUACACACAAUAUGAUGAUGAUGCCACCAAGCCCAGAAGACGACAACUACAGUACAAACACAGAGCUGGUACGCCCACCGGCUCCUCUCACGCCACCUUCUGCUACUUCGGACACCCCACCCAGAAAGCAACGAAAGAAGCUUUUGGAAAAAAACCGUGAAGCCGCUUACCGCUGCCGACAAAAAAAGAAGAAGUGGAUCCAUGAUCUCGAAGAAAAAUCGGUGACUUUUGAAAACAGAAACAAAGAACUUCAAGAACAGGUUUCACAAUUAAGAGAAGAAAGCAUCUAUCUGCGCAACUUACUCUUGACCCACGGUAACUGUGAUUGUGAAGUAGUGGUAAGUUUGUAUAUGAAGAAAGAGUGAUAGAGAACUAACGUGAACCUUCAAUAGCAAGCGUAUUUGCGUCGCACUUCGGAACAGUUAUCUAGCAACAUCUACUCAAACUUAAGCAAGUUGGUUGGCUCUUCAUCGUCGGCUAAUUCUGAAUCUUCUGGUUAUGAUGACCGCCGACUCUCUUUUGAUCAGUAAUCAACUCUUUUACCCUAUCUCCCAUACAAAAAAAGAGAACCUCUCCACAGUAUAUACUUUUAAUUUUCUUUUUUUCUUUUUUUUUCUCUUUGAAAAAGAAAAAGACACCAUUGUACACUUAUUGAAUGCACAUAUACACCCUCCCCUCCCCCUUUCCCUUUUUUUUCUUAGCAAUCCAAAAAAAUACUUUAUCCUUCAUCUUGUUAAAUAAUACUAUAUUCAUACUAUUUUCAUAAUAAAAAAAUCAAACUCAUAAAAUACUUUUUAUAUAAAA